AUGCCAUCAGCAACGGCUCUCCAUAUUGCACUCGCCUACCACGCGGACGAUGAAUUGAUCCUCAAUCUCAUUCGCAGCGGUGCCGCCUGGGAUGUCCCCCUUGCCAACUCUCAUGGCGUGAGUGCCCUCCACAUCAUGUCUGCUAACGGCCGCGUCAGCCUCCUACAGAAAAUGGCAGAUUUCGGACUUGCCGGAAUGGACUGGCCAGACCAUCGAGGGCUUCGGGCUCUGCACUACGCCGUCUGCUGGUCUCCAACUAGGAUGGCCAAUUGUUUAUCCAUGCUCCUUGUCCAAGCUUUGGUUCGCGUCGGUGCCAAACUCGAUUCUUCUGACGGCGACGACGCCUACGACGUUUCUGCUUAUGCAAGUCGCCUCAUUUCUUGUUUGGCGAACGGUUACCGGGGGGCACGAGCCAUGACCCAGCGACCAUGGCUCCCGACCGAUUACUUGUUGCCAAGUGGCGCCGUUGUGGAUGCUGACCAAGAAAUGUUCUCCAACCUUCCGACUCCGCCUCGGCUUUUGGACUUUGCCUUACGGGAAGGAAAGCCGGCCUUAGCCGAUGCCAUUUGGGCAGCGCAGCUCAGGAGCACUGUUGGCAGGGUGGCAGUGUCGAUAGGUAGAGUGGCAGUGUCCGUGGGAGGUGGUGAUGGUAGUAGUAAUGGCAAGAGGGACAAGUCACGAGUUGAGCGCAGUCACCACUUCCAGAAUCGAUACAUCCAGACCCAUGGCUUUGUGCAGGCGCCUACGGCGCAGGGAACCGCCUCCUUCGUCACAAGGGAGAUGGAACCAGCCAUGACCAAUGCGGGCAACAUUGCCCGAGCUCGGCAGUUUACCCGAAACGUCCACGAGCAGGGCCGCCUGCUGAAUAAUGAAAUGGUGUCCCGCGGCCACAUUGACUCCAAGGCCAUGGAAAAGCAUUCGGAGAACAUCCGAUACCUUACCCAACAGUGGCCGGAAGGCCAGUGGGUCCCGCGCCGAUACCAAGUUGGUGACUACGCCAACUUUACCACCGUCAGCAACAUGGUUGCUUUUACCAGGUGCUGGCUGUCUAAAGGCCGGGAGGUGAUGGCCCGCGUUUGCGACAAAACCGGUGCUUUGGAUUCCUCCGGCGUGCUCUCCGAUGCUUGGGCGCCGCCCAACGGCUUUCUAUACGUGCAAGCACAGAGCUCCAACAGCAUUACCGCAAGGAGCGUGCGGGAGGCCACUCGGGACCUCAAGGAGGGUAUAAAGCGUGUUGAGGAUGAGGAGAAGGACGCCUAG